AUGUCUUCCAAACUUUUUCUUGAUUCAAGUCUAUUACAAGAUGAUAUUAUGACGUAUAAUAAUAACAGAUUUUAUGAGAUUAUCGAUCAGUUAGUUGGUCACGACAUAUCCGAUUUAAUUAAAUUACAAGCUAUUAAAAAUAUUCUAUCGCUGCUAUUAGUGAAUGAUAUUUUUGAAGUUCUAAAGUUGGAUUGUGACGAUGUCAACAAUAUUCGUAGCAGAAUAACGUUUAAAUUAUGUGAUGGUAAAUUUGUUGUUAAAGAAGGUUUUAAAAGUAGUUAUAAUUAUUUGAUUCAAUUAUUUAAAAAGAAAUGUGAUGAACACAGUAAAGCAACACAUUCAAAAGACAAACGUUUACAAAUUUAG